AUGGCUCACGCUGAGAAUGACAACACAUAUGCCGAGCCCAAGAAUGCGGAUUCAGAGGCCAAUGACCACCAGGAGCACGAUGCAGAUGCUGUCGCGGCGCUCGUCUGGAAGCAGGACCUGCGAAUCGUUCCCUUGUCCGCGUUUAUUUACCUGCUCUGCUAUUUGGAUCGGUCGAAUAUAGGGAAUGCAAAGGUGCUCAAUGCAGACACUGGCAACGACCUCCUGGCCGAGACGAAGAUGUCCAACUACGAGUAUACUAUCGCACUGAUGGUCUUCCUGAUCGCAUACGCCCUGUUCGAAGUGCCGUCCAACUACCUCCUCAAGAAACUGCGCCCAAGCCGCUGGAUCGCAUUCCUGAUGCUCUCCUGGGGCGCAACAACAAUCGGCCUCGGCGGCGCCACAAACUACGCCCAAGUCACCGGCAUCCGCUUCCUGCUCGGCGUGACAGAAGCAGGUCUAUUCCCGGGCCUCGUAUACUACCUCACAUUCUGGUAUCGCACAUCUGAGCGGUCCCUGCGCGUCGCACUGAUUCUGGCGUCCGCUACGCUCGCCGGUGCGUUUGGGGGCGCGAUUGCGUAUGGCGUUGGGUAUCUGAAUGGUGAUCAUGGACACUCGGCGUGGCGGUGGUUGUUCUUCAUUGAGGGGGCGCCGUCUUGUGCGUCGGCGAUUCUGGUCUUCUUCUUGCUGCCUGAUUACCCUGAGUCGGCGAAAUGGCUGAAUGAAGAGGAGAAGGAAUUAGCCAGACAGCGCUUGUCGGUUGAGGGCUCGAAAGGCGACGCAAAGGCCAUGAGCUGGGAGGACGCGAAGCCGGUUUUGACGGAGUGGCGGUUGUAUAUUCAUUACAUUGUACGUGAUUACCCCUGGAGGAAGGUAUUGGACUAA